AUGGCCUCGUUUCCGCGUUUCCGGUUUCUGGCCAUUGCCGUCGUCUUCCAUUUAGUAAAGGCCAGCGUCGACCCCACCACCCGCAGAUCGUCUAGUGCUCUUCGUAGACCGGGGCAUGUGGCUCUCAUUGCCGGUCUGUACGAGGAUGUCUCUGCGGUUACUACGGGUUGGAAGUUGAACCCUGUCAAUUUUGACAGCGUGUUUAACCGCAGCCGGCACACUUGGAGCUGGGGCAGCCCCGACAUUCUGCCCAUGUUCGAGCAGGGUGCCGUACCGGGCAGAGUGGACGCUUAUACAUACGGUGCUGAGCUCGAGGACUUUUCUUUGGAUGGGUUUGCGCUGGAUCUCUGGGUGUUCGACCACGUCAAGGAAUUGUUCGCCGAGGCUCGUACUAACAAGACGCUCAACGAUGCGCUGAGACAGGACAGGAUCGUUUUCUUCCUCCACUUGCUGGGGCUGGACACCACUGGACACUCGUUCCGGCCAUACUCCAAGGAGUACCUCAACAACAUCAAGGUGGUUGAUAAGGGUGUUCAGGAGAUCACAGAGUUGAUGAAAGAUUUCUAUGCCGACGACCGCACCGCCUUCGUUUUCACGGCCGACCAUGGCAUGAGUGACUGGGGUAAUCAUGGUGACGGCCACCCGGACAAUACCCGGACACCUCUCAUUGCGUGGGGUUCCGGGGUUGCCAAGCCCCAGCUCUACCCAGGAGAGGUCGCGCCAGGACACGACGAAUAUUCUUCCGAUUGGAAUUUGGAUCAUAUUAGGCGGCACGAUGUCGAACAAGCCGAUGUUGCUGCUCUUAUGGCAUAUCUCGCUGGUACCGAGUUUCCGGCGAACUCGGUCGGCGAACUGCCACUCUCCUUCCUGACAGCUGGCCUCAAAGAGAAAGCCGAGGCAUCGCUUGUCAACGCACAGGGGAUACUCGAACAGUACCGAGUCAAAGAGGAGGGUAAGAAACUCACGGAGCUGAGGUACAGACCGUACGAGCCCCUGAGCGACGAAGGAAUGGCGACCGAGAGCCGGGUAGCGCACAUCCGGCAGCUCAUCGAAACCGGCAGCUAUGAGGAGGCCAUUGAGGAGUCGGCCGCUCUUCUGAAGGUUGGACUUGGUGGUCUCAGAUAUCUGCAGACUUAUGAUUGGCUGUUCUUGAGGGCUCUCAUCACUAUUGGUUAUUUGGGAUGGGUAGCAUAUGCCCUCACCACCGUCAUCGACCUCCAUGUGUUGCACGGACGCAUCCAACCCUCGAGAACCUUAAUUGGGACUAUUAUUUCGACUUCUGCCUUGACGGCGCUCUACGCGUCGUUUGCCAUCUCCAAGUCGCCACUAACCUACUACGCAUAUGCGUUCUUCCCCGUAUUCUUUUGGGAAGAGGUGUAUGCCCGGCGGGAGAGUCUGACAGAGGGCCGCAAGGAAUUGUUCGGGCACAUCAAGUCAAGCAGCAAUUUUGUUUCGUUGGUCUUUAACUGCGCCGUUUAUGUUGGGAUCAUCGAGUCACUGGCCUUGGGCUAUAUCCACCGCGAAAUCUUGACAAUACUCUUCGUUAUUGGCGCCUUUUGGCCUAUUGCAUAUGGCUUCUCGUUCCUCCGGCAACAUAUGGCCCUGUCAAUCACAUGGUUCCUAUCCUGCAUAGCCAUGAGCACCUUCACACUACUUCCGCCAGCCAUGACGACCGAGGAUGUCAACAUGAUCAUGCUCGGAGGCGCAUUGAUGGUCCUCGUUGGCAUUAUCUACCUAAUUCUAGAAGAUUUUGUUCUCUCGGACUUUGGCUGGUCCGAGAAGCCCUCGUCUCCAAGAAACCACGUUUCAAGGACGUUGGUGGGCAUCCAGAUUGGCUUGACCCUCCUUGCUGCGCUUGUCACCCGCUCUAGCGCUUUGUCUAUGCAAGCCAACCAGGGCCUUCCCCGUGGCAACCAGGUGAUGGGCUGGGUUGUUCUUGUUGUUUCGCUGCUGAUGCCGCUGGCGUACCGGGCGAAACCCAACAACCAUUACAUGCACAGGAUUCUGGUCAUCUUCCUCACUUGUGCCCCUACCUUUGUCAUCCUAACCAUCUCGUACGAGGGACUCUUCUACAUCGCCUUCUCGGCGGUGCUCGUCAGCUGGGUCCGGUUGGAACAUGCCAUCUACAAGUUUCCCUCGUCGUCAGCCAACGGCGCGGCCCGCAGCGCGCCCAGCCCGGCCAAACCGCAUAACCUCGAAACGUCACAAACCCUCCCGUCUCCUUUCCGCCCGCUCACCCUGCGCGACGCCCGCGUCGCCCUCUUCUUCUUCGUCCUCUUCCAGGCGGCCUUCUUCAGCACGGGCAACGUGGCGUCCGUGUCAUCCUUCAGUCUCGACAGCGUGUCUCGCCUGAUCCCCAUCUUCGACCCCUUCUCGCAAGGCGCCAUGCUCAUCCUUAAGUUGCUGAUCCCCUUCGCCCUCAUCUCGGCCAACCUCGGCAUCCUCAACAAGCGCCUGGGUGUCGCGCCGUCGGCGCUGUUCAUGGUUGUCAUGGCUAUCAGCGACAUCUUGACCCUGUACUUCUUCUGGGUCGUCAAGGACGAGGGCUCGUGGCUGGAGAUUGGGUCUACCAUCAGUCACUUUGUCAUUGCGAGCUUGUUGUGUGUGUUUGUGGCGGCCCUCGAGGGUGUCAGCGCCAUGUUUAUUGCUGGUGUCGAGGUGAGCGAGGACGUGGACAGGGCGGUGGGAAAGGGGGCUGUGGCGGAGGUGUUGUUGGAGAAGACUGAGGCAGAGCGGGAUGGUGGGGCGGGUUCUGGCGGUAAAUAG